AUGGGGCAGACCACCCCCGAAAGGCGGUCCUCCUCCCCGUUCAGGUCUCCUACUCCAGUGCUGAUGACGUCUCCGAAACUCUGGCAGAAGUCGGCAGUGUCCCUGCUUGCGGAGGAGUUUUUCUGGAUUGGCGGCAGCAUUGUUGCCACACCUAAAUGGAGAAUGGGGCAAAUGGUGGAGAGGUGCAUCCUCUCCAUGCAGGCUGGCACUCGGAUGGUGAAGCUCCGCGGCUCCUCCAGGUGUCUCUCGCGCUACUAUUACCUGGACGAACACAAGUCCUGUGUCCGCUGGCGGCCCUCCAGGAAGCAUGAGAGGGCAAAGAUUACGAUAGAUUCUAUCCGUGAAGUUUGUGAGGGCAAGCAGUCGGAGAUCUUCCAGCGCUACGCAGACCGCAACUUUGACCCCAACCGCUGCUUCACCAUCUACUACGGCGCCCACAUGCAGUCGCUGGACCUAGUAACCGGCACCGGGGAGGAGGCCCGCACCUGGAUUACUGGCCUCAAGUACCUGAUGGCCGGCAUUAGUGAUGAGGACAGCCUGGCUAAGAGACAGCGCACUCGAGACCAGUGGCUGAAGCAGACAUUCACAGAGGCAGACAAAAAUGGUGAUGGCUGUCUGAGUAUUGGAGAAGUCCUUCAGCUUCUCCACAAGCUGAACGUGAACCUUCCCAGACAGAGAGUCAAGCAGAUGUUCAAGGAAGCUGACACAGAUGACAACCAAGGCACACUGGCUUUCGAGGAGUUCUGCACCUUCUACAAAACCAUGUCCACACGCCGUGAUCUGUACCUUCUUAUGCUCACUUAUAGCAACCACAAGGACUACAUGGACACAGACGACCUGAUCCGCUUCCUUAAGAUCGAACAGAAGAUGAUCCAUGUGACAAGAGAGCAUUGCCUGGAAAUUGUGAGCAAGUUUGAGCCGUGUCCUGAAAACCAGGAUCUGCAGGUCAUUGGCAUUGAUGGCUUUACCAACUACAUGCGGGGUCCUGCUGGAGACAUCUUCAACCCGGAGCAUUACGAGGUGAAUCAGGAUAUGACCCAGCCUCUCACCAACUACUUCAUCAAUUCCUCUCACAACACCUACCUGACGGGCGAUCAGCUGCUGUCCCAAUCCAGGGUGGAUAUGUACGCUUAUGUACUGCAGGCUGGCUGCCGCUGUGUGGAAGUUGACUGCUGGGAUGGUCAGGAUGGAGAGCCAAUCGUACGCCAUGGCUAUACACUGACUUCAAAAAUUUUCUUCAAAGAUGUCAUAGAAACAAUCAACAAAUAUGCAUUUUCCAAAAGCCAAUACCCUGUGAUUCUGUCUAUUGAGAACCAUUGCACAGUGCCACAACAGAAGAAGAUGGCUCAGUAUCUGCUGGAAGUGCUUGAAGACAAGCUGGAUCUGUCCUCCAUAAAUAUGAAUGAAUGCAGACGUCUGCCCUCCCCAGAGAUGCUAAAAGGGAAAAUCCUGGUUAAGGGGAAGAAGCUCCCUGCGAACAUUGAUGUGAAUGCGGAGGAAGGGGAUGUGUCUGAUGAAGACAGUGGUGAAGAGACUGAAGAUGAAAACAAGGCGACGAGUGCAAAUUGUAAGCGUGAGGAUGGCACUGACAGCCCGAACGAGGCCAACCCCGGCACCAACAAGCACCUGAACAGAUCCCUCAUGGGGAGCUUCAAACGCAAGAGAAGGCGAGUGAAACUGAAGAAGGGAUCCAGCCUUGAGGACACUGACACGGAUCAGGAGAGCUCCUCUGCUGCCCCCAGAGUAGCUGUGGUGCAUUACAGGAGGAGGAGGACCAUGAGGCUUGCUCGAGCUCUCUCUGACCUGGUCAAGUACACUAAAUCUGUUCGUGUCCAUGACAUUGAGACACAAGCGGCAACAUGCAGCUGGCAGGUAUCAUCACUCAGUGAGACCAAGGUCAAUCAGAUCAUGCAACUGAAGCCAGCUCAAUUUGUUCGCUUCAACCAGAGGCAACUUCUGCGUGUCUACCCUUCUUCCUACCGCGUGGACUCCAGCAACUACAACCCCCAGCCUUUCUGGAACUCUGGCUGCCAUCUGGUUGCCUUAAACUACCAAUCAGAAGGCCGGGUUCUGCAGCUCAACCGAGCCAAAUUCUCCAGCAAUGGCAACUGUGGGUACAUUCUGAAACCCAAGUGCAUGUGUAAAGGUGCCUUUAACCCCAUGUUGGAGGACUCGUGGCCUGUCCAGGGGAAGACACAAUUGGUACUGAAGAUAAUCAGUGGCCAGCAGCUGCCUAAGCCAAAAGGCUCCAUGCUGGGUGAUCGAGGAGAGAUCAUUGAUCCCUAUGUGGAGGUGGAGAUUAUCGGCAUUCCGGUUGACUGCUGCAAGGACCAGACACGGGUUGUGGAUGACAAUGGAUUCAAUCCCAUGUGGGAGGAAACUCUGGUCUUCACCGUCCACAUGCCCCAGAUUGCGCUGGUGCGCUUCCUGGUGUGGGAUCAUGACCCCAUUGGCCGAGACUUCAUUGGACAGAGGACCAUCGCCUUCACUAGCAUGCUGCCAGGUUAUCGCCAUGUGCAUUUGGAAGGUAUGGAAGAAGCUUCGGUUUUUGUUCAUGUUGCUGUGAAUGACAUCACUGGUAAGGUGAAACCUACCGGCGGAAUAAAAAGCAUGUUUCACCGGAACCAUAAUCAGGGCACUUUGGACAGCAACACGUUGAAGCGUAAGCCUACUUUCCGGGAAAAGUUCCUGCACAGAACAGCGAGCACCCCCGCCAAGAGCCGGCGCAGAGGCAGGAGGCGGGGCCGCAAGCCCCCUAUGGAGGAGAGCUCGGAGUCGGAGCCUGAGCUGGCUGGAGGCCGGCCUGACUCCACCGGGGACCUGCAUGAUGGACGGAUCCCAGGCCGGCUGGUGCAGAGCGAGCCACUGAAACGGGCAAACAGGGUGCAGAUCCAGGAGCCAGCGGAGAAAGGGCAGGGUCUCUUCACCCGCCUGUCCAACCACAGCCCCAGAAGGGCCAGUGCGGCCUCUGGCUGCAUCCAGUGGGCGGUCGGCUGCAAAGGGAGUCCCAGCCAAGAGUUCCGGACACCGCACGACCCGGCACCCAGCCGGUGGGACAGAGUGACAUCCGAGCCGGAACCCCGUCCAGAAUCUGACAACUGUCCCCCGUCUGAGGACCGACCCCGGCCCAAACCGCUGCCCUCCCCCCGGGCCAGACGGAGCCUGGACGCCCGGCGCAGCAAACACACCGGCGACGCCCGAACCACGUGGUCCUGCAGCGUUCCCCGGAGGAGGCCCUCCUCCCCUGCUCCUCCGGUCCCAGACUGGCCGAGGCCUGGGGGCGCAGGCGUGGGCCGGAGACUGGCGAAGGCGGCGUCUGUCUCUCAGACCCCGUCUGACAGCGACUCCAGCAGUGCGGACAGCUCGGACAGCCUGGACAGCAUCGGGUUUCUGCCGUCGCGCUGGCCUGACGACAGACGCCCGGCAGUGGGCACACUGCAGCGAGAGAUGAGCGCCCUCUUUGAUCAGAAGAUGGAUGAAAUCCGCAGUAAAUCUCCCAUAUUCUUCACUAGGAAGAGCUGA